CCCAGCUUGGAGAGAAGAUGCCCCCGUUUCCUCUUCUCCGCCUGCCACAGGGAUGUGGAGCUACAGGGCUCAGCACCCCUGCAUGAAGGCCCAGGAGGAGGAAGAGGAGGAUAAAUACGAGCUGCCCCCCUGUGAGGCGAUGCUCCUCAACCUAGCCCCUGCCCAGCUUCCUGGCUCCGAGGGGGACUCCUUGUACCUGGACCGCCCUGGCCCCCAGGGCCCAUCCAAGCCACCGCCAGCUCGGCCUCUGCCUGCCCGGGGAAGAGGCCUCCCCUUCCCCUUCCCUACCGCUCCCACCCCUGGUUACCAUUUCCCGCUGAAGAGAACGAAGAGCCCACAGGAGACUGUGAAGCAGGGACCUGUCUUUGGGAGACCAGAGCGGGGUGUGCCGUUCAGAGCGGUGAGCAGCCCCUCUGCCCCCACCUCACAUUCUAGGGUCCUGGUGCCAGGCCCUCCAGAGAAACCUGAGGAGGACACCUACCUGGAGUGCAAGCCUGAGCCCGACCCGGGCUCAACUCAGACUCAGAGCUCCCGAGUCCUGGUGCCCCCAGUCCCUCUGUCAAGGACAUCAGUGGUGGCCAGACGUCCUGUGUCCCAGGGAGCGGCAGAAGCCACCUCUAAGACAAAGAAGCCACCCCUUCUCUCUGUGGUCCCCACGGGGAGCGUCUCAGCUGCCCAGGAGGCUGGCCUGCUGGGUCAGACGUGGUACUCGGACAACUGUGACCGUCACGCUGUCGAGCGCGUCCUGCUCCGCCUCCAAAAGGAUGGGGCCUACACCGUGCGUCCCAGCUCCGGGCCUCAGGGCUCUCAGCGCUUCACUCUGGCCGUGUUGCUGAGAGGCCGGGUGUUCAACAUUCCCAUCCGGCAGUUGGAUGGUGGGCGCCACUAUGCCCUGGGCCGGGAGGGCAGGAGCCACGAGGAGACCUUCUCCUCUGUGCCUGCCAUGAUCCAGCACUACAAACAGCACCCCCUGCCCCUUGUGGACAGACAGAGCGGCAGCCGGGAACUCACCUGCCUUCUCUUCCCCACCAAGCCCUGAGGCCAUGGUGACAGGGACGCACACACGCCAUGGGCCCCAGUGUUCGCUUGUUGCCCCGUCCCACCUUCGCUGUCGCCCUUUCCUCCUCCGCCUCUGCAUCCCCUCCCAGGCCUUUGCCCCAGUCCUUGUAGGCCCUGGUAAGAGAAAGGGUCCUAGAGACCCCGCCCCAAGCCCACCCAGAGCCUGACUCUGUCCCUCUCUGCGGCAUGUCCAAGGCCUCACGGGAUGGUGGUGGCUGCCCUGGUUCCCAGGGCCCCUUCAACUGCUCUGGAUGAAGACUUGCGGUAGCCUAGGAAGGUCGGCCUCCUGGGGGAAGCUGAGCCUGGGUCCGCUGGGUACUGCCUGGGCAGCCAAGAUAACCCUGUCAGUUCUCUCCAGCCUUAGUACACUCUGUGAGGGGCUGGGUUGCCCAGCACAU